CCUGAAAACCAACGGCUUAUUUCACCUCUAUACAAAGUUGUAAACUUGACCAUCUUCUUCUCUCUUCUCUUACUACCUUACCUAUUUUUUAUUUCCAAAUAUUUGUUGAAUCCUUAUCAGCACUAGAUUUUCUUUUGAAAAUUCUCCAAGAAUCCAAGCUUUUCAAUACCCAGUUUUUAUUUUCCUCUCUUUUCCUCCUUCUGAUUAGAUAAAAGGAAAAUCUCACUCACAAACUUUAAUUGUAUAAUCCUAUUCAUAUGUUUCAUGCCCAUUUGAAUUCUUUCCCCUCAAUUUUCUGGUUUUAUCACCACAUUUGCUAGUUGUAGUUUUGAUUCUGAACUGCUUUUUAAUCCUUUUUCUUUCUUAGGAUCAGGAAAGUUCCUGCACUACCCAAGAUAAUGGUGGUGAAGAUGAUGAGGUGGCCACCUUGGCCUCCUGUAUCAUCCAGAAAAUUUGAGGUAAAAAUAGCAAUUCAGAAACUGCAAGGCCUGAAUAUGGUACAAUUUGAUGCAGAAAAUGAUGAUGUUAGCAAGAAGAGGACAGUGGUGGUUGAGUUAAAGUCGAAGGGUCAAAAGAGUAUUGCUUUGGGACCUUUGAGGCGCUCUGUGAGAAGGAAUUUUACAAAGGAAGGUAGUUUUUUUGGUGAUGGGCUGUUUGAAUGGAAUGAGGAGUUUAAAACCGUCCGUAAUUUUUCCGGGAACAAGGAGGGUUUGUUUCAUCCACGGGAGGUUGCAUUCUAUGUUUUCAGCAGCUUGAACCAGGAACCAAGGAAUGGUGUCCUUGUUGGAACUGCUAUAUUAAACCUUGCAGAAUAUGCUUCAACAGCUAAUGAUAAAGAGCUUGAAAUCAAUGUUCCUUUAAUGGUUCCCGGUAGGACCAGUGAUGGUACUCCCUUGCUUUUUAUAUCUCUGAGGUUGAUGGAAUUGGGAACAGAUCAAGAACCUCUACGGGCAAUUCCCAGAUUCAAUCAAACUGUUUCAUCACCCUCCUCUGAAGACGAUCUAUCAUCACAAAAAGAUGAGUUUUCUGGUCUUAAAGCAGGUCUUAUAAAAGUGAGAAUCUUCCGAGGGACAAAGAAGGCUUGUCAUGAAGAAGAGGGCAGUGAGGGUAAGAGCAGUGUCAGACGUGAAGUUGCUGAAUACAACUAUGCAUUUGAUACAUAUUCACUUGAUGAUGAUGCUGAGGCUGAAGUAGAGGAAAGUAAUGGCAAUUCUAAUUCUUGGUUGUCAUUCAAUUAUGAAACAGUGGCAUAUGCAAACUUCAAUGGAGGAUCAUUGUACUCGAGUACUAUAAUUGAUUCCAAAGAUGAGGGUUGGAUAUACUAUAACAACCAUAAACCAGACCUGGCACCUUUUUGUUUUGGACAUUCAACAGCAACAGUCUAUGAACAGUCCUUGAGACAGAGUCCAAAGCACCGAAUCUUACCUUGGAGGAAAAGAAAACUGAACUUUAGAACUCCUAAACCUAAAGUAAAACGAGAGCCUCUUCUGAAGAAAAAUUAUGGUGAAGAUGGAGGUGAUGACAUAGAUUUUGAUCGUAGACAGCUUAGCUCAUCUGAUGAGUCCACUUUUGGGUGGAAUAAAUCAGAAGAAGGUUCUACUAUUAGUGGAUCAUCAUUCUCUGAAUUUGGAGAUGACCAUUUUGCCGUAGGCAGCUGGGAGCAGAAAGAGUUAAUAAGCCGUGAUGGACUCAUGAAGCUCCAAGCACAGGUCUUUUUCGGUUCAAUUGAUCAGAGAAGUGAGCGUGCAGCUGGAGAGAGUGCUUGUACAGCCCUCGUUGCUGUCAUUGCUAAUUGGCUGCAAUCUAAUCAAUAUGAAGUGCCAACCAAGUCUGAAUUUGACAGCCUGAUCAGAGAUGGUUCAUUGGCCUGGAGAAAUUUGUGCGAGAAAGAGGACUAUAGACAACAGUUUCCUGACAGGCAUUUUGAUCUAGAAACGGUCCUCCAAGCCAAGGUUCGUCCUCUCUCAGUUGUAGCAGAGAAGUCUUUCAUCGGAUUCUUCCAUCCAGAAGGCCUAGAUUUCAACUUCCUUCAUGGUGCAAUGACCUUUGACUGUAUCUGGGAGGAGAUUAGCCAUAAUAGUUCCAACUGGUCUAAUAAUGGUGACCCGUUGGUGUAUAUAGUAAGUUGGAAUGACCAUUUCUUUGUCCUCAAGGUUAAGCAAGAUGCAUACUACAUCAUUGAUACACUGGGAGAGAGACUUUACGAGGGAUGCAAUCAGGCCUAUGUCCUAAAAUUUGACAAAGAUACAUCAAUUCUGCGGCUACCAGCAGAGACUAAAGCAUUGGCCGAAAAAACUGCCAUGGAAAAUUGGCAACCAAGCAAAUCCAAGGGAAAAAAUUCAGCUGAAGUGAAUCUGCAGUUGACCCCAAAGAAGGCAGGAGGCCAGAAUGAGGUAGGAAACAGUGAGAAGGAUGAGGAGAUUAUGUGCAAAGGGAAAGAGUCAUGCAAAGAGUAUAUUAAGAGCUUCUUAGCUGCAAUUCCUAUAAGAGAAUUGCAAGCUGAUAUUAAGAAAGGUUUGAUGGCAUCAACACCUAUACAUCACAGGCUUCAAAUUGAGUUCCACUAUACCCAGUUGACAGAGUCUGCAGUUGAAUAUUCAUCAAAAGAUGCAGCUCCUCCUAUAUAAUAAUGUGAUAAAAAUCCCUAUAAUUUUGAUUAUUCUAAACCUCUCACCUUAUUUGUGUAGUAGGACAAUAACUUGAUGAUGUUUAUAUAAAAUUGUUUUAAUAUUUUUUUGGGACAAAUUCCUAGUAUUAUUUCAGUCAUUCCAUGGACUGAUUCUAAAGGAAAUAAUGUGAGGCUGGAAGGGAAAAUAUACUUGGUAAUGUUUUCUUUUAUGAAA